AUGGCUAACCGUACCAAGAAGAUCAGAAUCGUAGGUAAAUACCGAACCCGUUAUGGUGCCUCCCUCAGGAAAAUGGAGAAGAUGAUUGAAAUUAGCCAGCACGCCAAGUACACCUGCUCCUUCUGUGGCAAAACCAAGAUGAAAAGGCGAACUGUGGGCAUCUGGCGUUGUGGCUCCUGCAUGAUGACGGUAGCUGGUGGCACCUGGACGUACAACAGCACUUCUGCCGUCACAGUAAAGUCUGCCAUCAGACGACUAAAGGAGUUGAAAGACCAGUAG